CUUUCUACCGGUCGUCGGUUGGUUUUUAUUGACCGUAAUGUGAAACCCAGCCUCCGACCACUUUACGUGGGAGUCAUCACAUCUAUGUAUGUUUCUAUGUUUGUGUCUGUAGAAGGAAACAAGUGUCACGUUGACCAUUCCAAAACUAUUUCCUAUGUUACAAAAGCGCAAACUGUUGAAAGAAUAUUAGAAAAAAUUAUUUUCAAGAUACCUCUAUAUAUUAAUAAGAAGCCAAACAUGGUGCAAGUGGCUCGUUCGCCCCUAAUCGGAUGCACGUGUAUUUCACAUGUGUAUUCUAGUAAAGGGAAGGGGUAGGGUGGGGGUUAACGGCAACGCACAUCGGGGAAGAGGGAAUCCUGGAGGAAACGAAGGAAGCCACAGCGGCUUAGUCAUUCAUAAACGAACCGCUAGUGUGGUCGGACGCAUCUUUUGAGUUACUGUAGUUAUUUAACGAUUAACUGAUAACGGCACAGUGCAGCAUGGCUGCACGAAAGAAAGAGGAAUCAUCAAAGCAACGUUAUCAAGCUAACGCACGUGAAAGGGAUCGCACUCAUAGGAGAAUAUUCAGUUAUGAAAAAUUCGCGAAUACUCUAAGCGAGGGUAAGGAAUCCAAACGCGAAAUUCAAGAAAUCCAAUCUUCGCUCUGCAGUGUGAACACGGCUUUCAGUACCUUGAGAACUUUAAUACCAACGGAACCUGCGGAUAGGAAAUUAUCAAAAAUAGAGACAUUGAGAUUAGCGAGCAGUUACAUCAGCCAUUUGGGUGCUGUUCUUGUUGCCGGUCCUAUAGAUCAACCGUGUUUACGCGUUGAGGAUAGCAGCGGACUUUACGGAACAAAUUAUUGGACUGAUUCACAAACAAGGCCGCAAGUCUGCACUUUUUGCCUUGCUAUGCACAAAAAAUAUAACUUAAAUAUUACUUCAGGAGCAAUUUCAAAUUAUUGAAAGGAGAACAUAUGUAUACUGUUUUUGAGAAAUCAACAUCUAUCGACCUAAGCAAUGUAUGAAGAUCAAGAUAUACAUAAAUAAUUUACUGUACAUUUCUUGUAUAUAUACGAAUAUUAUUAAGUUUAAUAAAGUUUAUAUUGUAUCUAUUAA